AUGAAUCAGCAAACUUUCCACCCCUACAUCCCGCUGAGCCCUGGUGCUGGGAAGGCUUUCGAUAACGAUGCGAAGUGCAUGAGACGGUUCGAAGCAUACCCCAACUCUAUGCAAACUCACAAGUACAUGCCCGGACCCCACGAACCACAACCUGGAGAUCCUAAACCGAAAGACAAUUUCGUGGCGUGUACUGGGGCUAAAACUAGGCAUUUACUCAAUUUCACGAUGCCUAACAAACAACUUAAAUCGAUCAAUUCGGAUGGUUCAGAGAAUUUUAAGACGUCCUUUGCUACACUGUCCAUCGGCGGAAACGACAUCGGAUUCAGUAAGAUCCUCAGAGGUUGCCUCCUCACUUUGAAGUCUCAUUGCGACGAAAGUCUCGCAAACGCAACGAAUGAACUAUAUUGCGGCAGCUUCUUCGCCAAGUACAAUAACGUACUUACGGAAAUGAUAGAGAAACGAUUCCACCUUACCCCGGACGCCGAUUUUGCAUAUCGCACUUGGGUCUACCAAACCAGUUACUCCCAGUUCUUCGAAGAAGACACAACACAGUGCAAUAAAGCCAGUUUCCUGCCUUUUGGGCCGUACGCUACGCAAGAAUUGCGCAAAAAGUUGAACCGCUUGACGCAGUCCCUCAACUACGUUCUACAGUACUGGAUCGACAUGAGGAACGUGCAUUGGACACUCGAUAAGUCCAUGUGGGGUGAUAAAUACUUCACAGCCAUAGACUGGGUGAACGUGGAUUGGGUAUAUACUGGACACAGGUUCUGUAGAGAAGGAGUAAAUGAGCCAAAUUACAAAGACCCAGACACGUGGUUCUAUUACCUCCCUAUUCCUCGUGCGCUGGAUGGUAAUUGCAGCGAAGUGGAAGUGGGCGAGGCCAUCGAGAAGUUUACGUGGGAGCCUGACGAACCCGGAGAAUAUACGUGGAACUUGGAUGACCCAAGUUCCCUUGGAGACCUUGGAGACAAGGUGAAUUGGGUUCGUACCUUUCAUCCUAACUAUACUAUGACCUAG